GCCAUUUUCAUGACGUGUGGAUUUUCGAAAAUAAAAACCGAAAGAAGUUUUACCUCAAAUGUGGUUUCAGUCAAACGCCCCGUUGAGUAUGACCUGCCCAGGGUCCCGUGUGAGCAGCGACAUUCAGAGCCACAUAUGUGAAGAUGACAUAAACAACUUAAAAAAAGAUCUCACUGGUGGUGGUGGUGGCCUUAUGAUGCUCUCCACUAAAAGAUGCUCUUUACCAGACAUGGUUGCGACGUCUUGUUCACCAUCCAAGCGACAUGCAACCAAUGGCAACAUUCCACACUCCUCUCCAAGAUCAGAUCCCAAUAUGGCGGCUGAUGUUCAUACAGUUAAACCAAAGAAACGCUUGUCUGAACCCCUACAGGCCAAUGACUUAAGACUGAAAAUAAACAUGCGUAAACGAAAAAUGAAAAGCCUGGAUGAAGAAAGCAGUGAACCUCUCGUAAAAAAAAAGAGGCGAGUGGGCAGCAAAGACAGGAAAAGUGUGCAAGAGAAUGUACCCAUCAGAAAUCACACACAGAAGUCUGUUAAUGGUAUUAUUGGAACCCCAAAACAACUAUUUGGUGUUACGGAAAGUCCCAAGAAUAAGUACAUGGAACUUAAACAGCUUAACUCUAAUUACUCAGAAAAUAUGAUACCAAACUGCAGGGGAGAGAACUAUUGCGAUUCUGAAGACGGUGAGGUGACAUUUAAGGUUAAUGAUAAAAUUGCUCAUAAGGAAAGCAAAAUGGACAAACACAGGAGCGAGCUGUUAGAUCAGAACUUAAAUAAAAUAUCUUGCAUCAUUCAACCAGAAGAUAUACCGGUACAUAUACAGCAGCUGUAUGAUAGCAAGUUGAAAAACACUAGUCCAGAAUCAAGUCCAUUUAAAGGGAAGCUUAGUGCAUUUGCCAUCUCUGUGAUGAAAGGAAGGGAAAAUUUGGAAAGGCGGAAGAGUUUAGAAUCGGCCUCUGCGACGAUCCGGAGUUCCCCACGUGCUAAUAGGACGAAUAAUCAACGGCCUAACUAUUGUGAGAGAAAGAAGCAUAAGAGGCUGUCUUUAAAUGUGGAGUCUGAGAACCCCAGCAGCAGGUCUGUAAGUGGCCGGAAGGAUGGGAACAAGUCAGGAAAGCGGAAGAGAACACUAACCUUGGAAAGCCCCUUACCAAAGAAAGAAGCCAGUGAUGUCCCUCUGAACAAAUCCAACAAAUCCAAAUUACGUAAUGUUGAUCAAGUUAAAUUUCGUAAACAUAUUGGACAUGAAAAGAAAAAGAACAAAGUAAAAAAGUACAAGCUUAGCUUAGAUUCAAUUGAUAAAGGAUCAUUGAUAGAAGAUUUACAGCACAGGAUGAAUGGGGCUCAGAAACGAAAGAGCCUGCCUAGUGUAAUCAGCUCAGGAACAAAACUUCUGGCUCAGGGACAGUCAUCACCAUCCAGAUCAUCAAGGGCAGCACAGCAUUAUCGUGUGGAUCAGGUAUCAGGUACACCCCCACUGCUUCACAGUCAUUCAUCAAACAAACGCUCCCCAUCACCAUCAAACUCCACCCAACCCUUGUCGCCAAGUUGCCCGUCAAGUCUCCCGAUCUCAAAAAGCAGUCCUGGUACUCCGACCAGGGGCAUCAGUAGAAAGAAACAUGCCCGGGAACAUACAGACUGUACUGACACCAUAGGCGGGGAAAUCCGGGUUCCUUCGCUCGAAGGGGUUAACAUCGUGUCUCCUUCGCGCAAGAAAUUUGCAGGGGCCGGUAAAAAUGCUCUCAGGCUAAAUGGUAAGAUUCAGAAAAAAGAAAAAAAGCGAGACAGCCAUGAUCCGGAUGCUCGCUCUAGCGGAUCAGACCCAAGCCGGAAAUGUCGGAAGAUGUCGCUUGAGGAAACUGUCCAAAUGCUGAGAAAGUCGUCCGGUCAGAGGCUGCAAGAGUACUUCAGGAACAGGGCCACCAUCUCGCCGGGUUGUUCUGACAGCAGGGCGUCGCAGUCUCAAUUGUCAUUGUGUUCUAGCACUCCCGUCAUGAUCCCAACAAAAACUGACUUGCCCAUUACUCCUAAUAGUGAGUCUUCCACGCCGGAGAAACUCAAGGCGGACCCAGGCCUGUCCCACCCAGUGAAGUACAGGGCAGGCUCAUGCAAGGGCUACCUGUUUGCCAAGGAUAACGAGGUGCUGGCUCGCUGGCAUGAUGGCCGCUUCUACCUGGGCACCAUACUCAAGAUUGAUGAGAACCACCAGAAGUGCCUGCUGCGCUAUGAAGACAGGUCCGAGUACUGGUCGCUCUUCAAGGACAUUCACAGAGGAAGCUUCGUAGGCAUCUCAUUUCCAAGUCCACUGCUAGCGUUCAUGACUAAGGCAGGCGUACAAAAAUAUGGACAUGAUAAGGGCCUGCAUCAGUCUGAUUUUAAGUUGAGGGCCAUGUUUCUGUCCUUCCAGAUGGCCUUCAGUUUUGUGAGCGCUGCUGUGGUUAAUUCCACUCUGGCAAGUAUUGCAGCCUUGGAUCCUGCAGCUGUUACAAUUGCUCCCAGAUUUGAAGCUGUUGCCUAUUUCUAG